AUUCAAACAAAAGUCGAAACAGAAACGUGCACGUGGUGUUUGGUAAUUCUUUGAUUGUUAUUCUUAGAGACGAAUAUUUGCAUGUUCUAUAUUCAGUUAUGGACAGCAUGAGUAUGAAUGUUUUGUUCGAGAGAGUUCUCAACAAAGAACGUCAUCGAUUCUCUGUUAAUGAAUUCCAAUUUCGAACAGCGCUACAGAACGUGAAAGAAGCUUAUCUGCCCAACAAAGACUGGCCCGGAAAAAUGACUGUAUUGUAUGCAGAUUACAACGAUCCUGCUCACAGGUGUGCUUAUUUGCACAAGUACGCCAUGUGCCAUACUGGCAUGGUCCAAGAUUUACUGUGGGAUGCAGCUUUUAAGCUGGGCGCUAUAUUAAGACGUCAGCUGCGAUGGAAACUCAGACUGAACCUGUGCAGUUUAGGCGGUGGCCCAGGAACGGACGUAGUUGCAAUUUUGGAUCUGUUGACAGCGUUUUUCGAUUUUUUCCCAUGUUUUGUCAGUAUUGUUGAUCUUACUGAGGGGUGGAAAGGGGUUUUCGAGUCUACUUUGCAAGAACUGCGGAACGGACCAAACUGGAGGCUGAGAGACAUCCUUUCACCAUUUUAUUUCCACUACAAUUAUAUUACUGCGAAUUUGCUGCAACCACUUCGUCCAAGCGUAAAGCGAUACUUGAAGGAUGCAGAUUUUAUAAGUAUGGUGAAAUUUAUUUCUGCUGCUGCAUGCGCCGACACUAGAGCGAUGAUUGCGGAAAUAUUCAGCUGUAUGAAGCCCGGAGCCAUUGUGAUAUUCAUCGACAACGCUGCCGGCGGUUUCCUGCAGGUGCUUCAAGAGCAGGCCGAGUCCCACGGGUUGCUAACUGUGCAUGGUCCUGUAGAACACUACUGCCACGAAAAUUUCUUUUACUACGUAGAUCGAUUUGGUUGCCCAAGCCAGUGGAAAACGCUGGUGUCUUUCCAGAUGUGGAUCAAACCUCACAGCUACAACCCUGAUCAGUUACUUCAGAAAAAGCUCUUACCAGUCAGAGCCGAUGUCAAAUGCUCGAAAAUAGAAGCCUGACCGUAGCAAUAGCUGUUCUUUUCGAAUUUAAGGAGAAGAAACUGUUAAUAAUGAUAAUCAACUUGGAUAUGGUUACGUUCCUGCACCAACUUCCAAAUGAUUCAUCCAUAUUUUUCAUUCGGAAGGACUACCAAAGAAUAGUUUUUGUGUGAUGCAAGUUAACAUUUUUACUUUACUCACCUUACCAAAGAAGGGCAAAUUGUCCCCGGAGAGACUCGCCUUU